CAACCUCAUCCGCACGUCUGAUACCUUCGCUCUCCUCAUCGAAACCUUCCUUUCACUUCUGACUUUGCACCCCAUCUCCUGCCUGUCUCCCCACUCUCCUUCUCUCCUCUCUCCUACAACACCAUUCAAUGUCUGCAGUUCUUCAUUCCAACGAGUGGCAAAUGCCUAUUUUGCCAACGAAACAAAGCGCUCCUGUCAUGAAGGCAGUCAGCAAAGCCCAGAGUAUUGAGGUCAUGACAGAAGCACGAAACUUUUUGGCAAACAACAAGUCUUCACUUGUGAUUGAUGGAGCAAAGCCAUACAAGAUCAUGGCUGCUUCAGACUUAUGGCUCCAGAUGUUUGGGUUUUCUGAUGAGUCCUACAUUUUGAGGCGUUCCCUCAAUCUGUUGCAAGGGCCCAACACCAACUCUGUGAUGUUGAAUGCCUUUCUUUCAUCCUGCAACCUCAAGACUGAGCAGAACGGGCAUUUCAAGCUCUACCUCAGCAAUGGGCAGGCCGUAAUGAUCCACGUCUCUGCAAGAAGGUACCUGAUCGAGGAGGUGGAAGUCGUCGUCCUCGAGUUUGAAUACUCCAACGCCAUCCUACCUCACGAGGCUGAACUGGAGCGUGGCGGACUUCCCAUGGCGCUCGUGGAAGUCGCUGCGCCUUUCCGUAUCAUCCAGACCAACCAAGAGUUCCUCGAGCUCUCUGGAUACAACAAGAUGCAGGUUUCCGGCCGCGCCUUGUGCAUGUUACAGGGACCUGGAAGCAACAGUCAAGAGCUUGCCAGGAUGUUCAAGGAGACGGCCAAGGGCACUGAGCAAGAGGGAAAGACCAAUGUGUACAACUGCAGUGGAUCUCAGAUCUCCUGCAACAUCCGGCUCUCACCGGUUGCGGCGGCUGACGGGAAAAUCUCUCAUGUGCUCCUUCAGCUUGUCCAGGAGGUGAUCGAGGCUCUCCCUCAGGUGCUGUCCGAGGAUCACAUCUCGCAGCGCCUGCAGCACAACAAGGCCAUGGGCUUCGAGCUCAUGCAGGAGGCUAGACGGGGCGGAGCCCAGCGGCUCAACGCGUGCAAAUGUCACGUCGCUGUGGUCUGUGAUCGGAUGAGGGGGAAUCGCUGUCCUGCAAGGGCCUUGUACAACAUCCAGACUGGCAAGCAGAUCCAGGAGAGCAUCGCCAGGAGGCGCUCCAUCUCUUGCGAGGAACAGUGCGACGUUUCCACUGCUGCUGCUCAAGCUCCUGUUGAGCAAGAAAUGCAGUCUUCUUCGCCCGACAAGGCAACUUUCGUGAUGUACUUGUGUAUGCUCUUGUCCUUCUUGUUCUCGAUGGUUUGUCAAGGCAAGAAGUGUAAGAGACAGAGAAGGAACAGCAGUGCCAAGGAAGGAAAGGUCCAAAGGCAAUUCAACGCCUGGAUUUAUCUUGAUGAACAAAUGUAGGUUCUAUAUUCAAUAAAUGUUGAUUUCAUACAAU